AUGUUAAGCCCGCUUACAAAGUUACCGACUAAUGCCAAAGUGGCAGUCGUUGGAAGUGGUGUUGCCGGCCUGAUGUUCACUUAUUUCCUAGGUAAACUAAGGCCUGAUGUGACAAUCCACUUGAUAGAGUCUCAAAAAAGAACUGGUGGAUGGAUCAAAUCCUUGGAUACCAAGGAUAAGAAUAAUGAACCAGUGAUGUUAGAGCAGGGUCCUCGUACGCUUAGAGGCGUCUCCGACGGAACAGUUCUUAUUGUCGAUACCUUGAAGGAUCUCAAUCAACAAUCAAUUGUACAAUGCAUCAGUGCGAAUGCAGAGGCCAAUAGGAAGUUUCUGUUAGACCCAAAUGACAAGUUGGCUCAAGUUCCCAAUUCCCCAGCGACCGCUAUAGAGUUUCUAUGCAAUCCUCUCGGCAAGGGACUCAUCACUGGUUUCCUAGGCGAACCUUUCAGAAGGCCUCCGAGCCACCCAGGCCAGGAUGAGAGUGUUAGCUCAUUUAUCAAGAGGCGAUUUGGAAGUGAUUAUAUUGGUAAUAAUAUAUUAAGUGCUGUCUUCCAUGGAAUAUAUGGGGACGAUAUCGACAACAUGAGUGCCAAAAGGACCGUGAGGAAAUUGUUUGAUUUGGAGACUAAGUACGGUUCGAUUAUGAAAGGUUUUUACAACAGUAAAUCUGAUCCUAAUGAGAAACAUCAAUUGAGUCAGCUACUAAGCGACUACCAACGAGCAUUCAAUAAGGAUGAGGCCGAGUUGAAGGGACUUUCCACUAAAUUGCACAAGUAUCCCAUGCUAGGCCUGAAGGGAGGUCUGGAGAUGUUUCCGCAUCUCGUCAGACAAAGCUUGAACAAACUAUCAAACGUGAAUUUGAUAAGCGGCGAAAAAGUUAUCAAGAUCAACCAAGGCAAAGAACAGGAGGGACUCAGCGUGCAGUUGUCACAGGGAAAGUCUCUCACCGGCCUCAACCAUGUCAGAUUGACCCCAACUCCAGCGCGAAUCUCACCAAUGAUUGACAACGAACAACUGGCCAAGGAAUUUGCCAAGAUCAAGGCAAAUAGUAUAUUACUUGUGAAUUUUUACCUGCCCAAAAAAGACGCCAUAGCUAGGAAAUACCAUGGCUUCGGCUAUCUUUGUCCCAAAUCAAGCAAAAACCCUCAAGGACUACUCGGUGUCAUCUUCGACUCUGUCAUCGAAAGAAGUUUUCAGCCGCUAUUCCAGAAUAUGGAUGCAAACCAGAAAUCAUCUUCACCCGAACAGUAUACAAAGCUUACCGCUAUGCUAGGGGGGCACUACUUGAAUCACCAUUCGUCAGAGACAGUACCGUCUCAAGAGCUUACCAUCCGCGCAGUAAAAGACUCACUUAACACCCACUUAGGAAUCUCAUCUCAGGACCUUGAAGACGGUAUGUGGGCAUUUACCGUCGCUGAAAAGUGUCUCCCUCGCUUCUCAGUCGGGUACGACGCUUGGCAGGCUUCGGUCGAGCAAGAACUUCAGAAAGCAUACAAAGGAACCGUCUCAGUGGGCGGAAUGGGCUUUGCUAAGGGACCUGGAGUUCCCGACGUCAUCGCUGAUGGUUUACAGGACGCCAUCAAGCUAGCAUAG